AUGCCUUCGGACGCGAAAAAAGCUCGCGAUGCGGCAAAGAAGACAGCAGCUAAAGGGCGAGGAAAGGCACGAGACAACAAGGCCAAGCAAGACGAGGAAGAUGGACUUGGGACUCCGCUCGCAAACGAAAAUGGAGGAGGGACGCCAGAAGAGGUGGAAGUCGAUGAGGCACAAGUCGCCAACGGGCUCGAUGACGCCGCAGCCAUGUUAGCCAGAAUGGAACUGGAAAAUGCAAAAGCUCGAUCUGUUGCUGGUGCUUUAACGUCGAAUCCAAAAUCGGUGGAUAUCAAGGUCGAAGGGUUAACCAUCACUUUCCAUGGGCGCGAGAUUGUGACAGAUACGAAACUCGAGCUAAAUAUGGGGCGUCGUUAUGGGUUGAUAGGAUUGAAUGGAUCAGGGAAGUCAAGUAUCAUGAAUGCCAUCUAUCAGAGAGAGAUGGCUUUACCGGAUCACGUAGAUAUGUUUAUGGUUUCGCGAGAAAUGGAGGCGUCACACAAAACCGCCUUACAAGCAGUCAUUGAUGUUGAUGAAGAAAGGAAAUUGCUAGAGAAACAAGCUGAAGAGCUUAGCUCUUGUGAAGAUGAAGAAUCACAAGAGAAGCUUAUGGACAUCUAUGAACGUUUGGAUGAAAUGGAUGCUGAUAUGGCUGCGACCAAGGCUGCUCACAUUUUACACGGUCUUGGUUUCUCAAAGACUAUGCAAAUGAAGAAGUGCAAAGACUUUUCUGGAGGUUGGCGUAUGCGAAUUGCCCUGGCUCGAGCUUUGUUUUUGAAGCCAGCGCUUCUCUUGUUGGAUGAGCCGACAAACCAUCUCGAUUUGGAAGCUUGUGUUUGGCUUGAAGGAGAACUUGCCAAGUACAAGCGAUGUUUGCUCAUUGUCUCACAUUCACAGGAUUUCAUGAACGGUGUCUGUACGAAUAUCAUUCACUUGUUCCAGCGGGAGCUUAUUUAUUAUUCAGGAAACUAUGAUCAAUUUGUCAAAACAAGAGAAGAGCUUGUGGAGAAUCAAAUGAAACGAUACAAUUGGGAACAAUCUCAGUUGCAACACAUGAAAGAUUAUGUGGCUCGAUUCGGUCACGGCUCUGCUAAAUUGGCCCGACAGGCUCAAUCAAAAGAAAAGACGAUGGCUAAGAUGAUCGCUGGAGGGUUAACGGAAAAAGCUGUUCAAGAUCAAGUCAAACAGUUCUACUUCUUUGAUGCUGGUGAAAUUCCUCCACCCGUUAUCAUGGUUCAACAUGUAUCUUUCCGCUACAACGAAAAAACUGCAUGGAUUUACAAGGAUAUUGAUUUUGGAAUUGAUCUUGAUACGCGUAUUGCUUUGGUGGGUCCAAAUGGAGCUGGAAAGUCAACAUUAUUGAAGCUUCUUUGCAACGAUGUUUUGCCUACUGAUGGUUUGAUUCGCAGACAUUCUCAUUGUAAAAUUGGCAGAUACCACCAGCAUUUACACGAAGAGCUUCCACUAGAGUUGUCAGCUCUCGAAUACAUGAUGAAAUCAUUCCCUGAUGUCAAGGAAAAAGAAGAAAUGCGGCGCAUUGUUGGUCGGUAUGGCAUCACCGGUCGAGAGCAAGUUUGCCCGAUGAAGCAGCUUUCUGAUGGGCAGCGAUGUCGUGUUUCUUUUGCCUGGCUUGCAUGGCAACAGCCUCAUUUGCUUCUACUCGACGAGCCUACAAAUCACCUUGAUAUGGAAUCGAUCGAUGCUCUGGCUGAAGCAAUCAACUGUUUCUCUGGCGGCAUGAUUCUGGUAUCUCACGAUUUCCGACUGGUUUCACAGGUUGCUGAUCAAGUGUGGAUUUGUGAUAAUCAAGGCAUCACCAAAUGGGGCGGUGAUAUCAUGUCGUACAAGGAGCAUCUUCGCAAACAGAUUGAAAAGGAUGCCAAACAAAUGGAAAAGUUGAAGGAACGC